UUUUAUUUUUGUAUAAAAAAAUUGUGUUUUCUAGGAAUUGUCCCUCGCGAAAGUAAAACAAUUAGAGAGUUAAAUUUUAGAAAAAUAACUACUACAAUUUUUGUUGACAGUUCAGUGAAGUCAUUUUACAUUUAAUUUAAUGCAAUGUGCAAAAUUGAUAUUGUUAUGCAGUGGUGGGAUCGAAGGUUAUUUGGUGGUCAUUACAAUUGGUUUUUUUUAUACUGAAAGCAUAAUUAAUAAAGUUGGUUAAAAAAUUGCUAAAAAUUGUUUAACUAUAUCCGAAGAAUAUUGUUAAUUGUUGUUUCAUUAUUAAGAAGGGAAUGAACCACCUUUUCUCUAAGAUACUUUACGUUCGCCUGUCUGUUUGUCUGUUAUUUGGAGUGUUUUAUAUUCUUUUUUGAAUAUUGAUGCCUAAUUAUUAAAUUAUGUCAGACUUCGCCAGUUGACCAUGUACAUGAAAGGGUCGCACUCGCAGCACCAAAGUCAUGAGGUCAAAGGUCGAAAAUUUUUUAAAUUUAGACUGAUUUAAACCCUUACAUAUUUAUUAAGGGUUUCGCUCCUUAGUUAAAUGCAUUUGCAACUGGUCAUGUUCCCUAUCCUACAAUUUUACAUUGGGAGAUAGAUUUCAUGCCAUGAAAAUACGUGGAGCUGGCUAAAGACUUACCUUAUCACUGCAUAUCGAUAUCUGUUCGAACUGUUCUGCAUUGCAAUCAGUGAGUUUACUGAACUUGACUAAUUCACAGCUCAAUUGAAUUCAUGGUGUAGUGAGGAAAUUCCUUUCCAGAAAUUAAAAUAUGGCAGGAGGUAACGGUGGUGGUGGCGGAGGUGGUGGUGCUGGUGAAGGUGGUCAAGGAGGUGGAGGGUUUGGGAUUGGUGGAGGUCAAGGAGGUAGAGGUGGUGACGGAGGGGCACCGGGAUGUAGUGGUCAAGACGGUCAACCUGGAACUGGGGGAGGGGGUGGGGGUCAAGGUGGGAGAGGUGGUGACGGAGGAGCACCGGGAUGCAGAGGUCAAGACGGUCAAUCUGGAACUUGGUUUGGGGGUGGGGGUCAAGGUGGAAGAGGUGGUGAUGGCGGAGCACCGGGAUGCAGAGGUCAAGACGGUGAACCCGGAACUGGGUUUGGAAUUGGAGGGGGUGGGGGUCAAGGAGGUAGAGGUGGUGAUGGAGGGGCACCUGGAUGUAGAGGUCAAGACGGUCAAUCCGGAACUGGGUUUGGAAUUGGAGGUGGGGGAAGAGGUGGUGAUGGCGGAGCACCGGGAUGUAGAGGUCAAGACGGUCAACCCGGAACUGGGGGAGGGGGUGGUGGUCAAGGUGGGAGAGGUGGUGAUGGCGGAGCACCGGAAUGCAGAGGUCAAGACGGUCAACCUGGAACUGGGUUUGGGAUUGGAGGUGGGGGAAGAGGUGGUGAUGGAGGGGCACCGGGAUGCAGAGGUCAAGACGGUCAACCUGGAACUGGGAUGGGAGGUCAUGGGGGUCAAGGGGUUUGACGGCUCUCAUGAAAGUAUUGAGAGGGGUAGGAGUUUGGUAUUUUUCUUAAAUAUUAAUUGUCAAUUUUACGUUCAUAAAUUGAAUUGUUGUACGCAUUUUGUCAGUAACAUACAGUGGUGGAAUACAGUUUUUGCUAAUUGAGGUUGUGCUUAGAAAAAUAUAAAAUAUUUUUUGAAAAAAUUCGAUUUUUAUUUAAAUAUGUAUUGAGAUAAGUUUUGUUUUACACAUUCACUGUUCAAGUAUGUUGUGCGCUUUAGUAAAAAUAAAAUAAUAUUAAUUAAUAGUAGAA